UCAUGGCCGGGUCCAUCGCUUUGGUGUGAGCUGGAGGUCUCUGCUACACUGGCAGCAUACUGAUGACUUCAUCAAAAGAGAUUUUUUCUGGCUUCUUGUACUGUAAAUUUACGACAACAAGUGAGAUAUAAUCAAAUGGAAAUCUAAAAACGCGCUCCACGAAACAACAAACAUGGAGCAACUGAUGAACGACUGAGGACCACGCGUUCGAGGCAGACUACCCCCGCAUGGUCAAGAAGUAGGCCUGAAGAUAUCCUCGUGGAACGCACAAGGAACGAGCCGUCGAGAUGGCUCCGACGAGAGGCGAUGGUGGGGCGGUGCCCAGCACAAAGCAGCUUUCCAACGUCAAUUGGUUUCAGUUAUGGUCGUUGUUCUGUAACUAUGCGUGCUGGAGAGAAAGAUACCACCAAGGAUUACCUUGUUCUAAAUCAGGCGGCCAACAACUAUAUUUCGGCUCGCCAGAGUGCUAUGAGGCGGUUUCAGCUUCUGCGAGACCGAAUACCACCUGGAGCAAAGUGGCUGAAUGACCGCACAAUCGAGGUAUUUUUAUUUUCACUUCUAGUUCCACGACCUAAGUACAACAUUUCCUCAACAUUAUCGUCCUCGAAAAAUGCCCUGCUCCUGGAUGAUACGUAAUGCCAUCAUGAUAACACGCUUCUAGUUGGAAGACGCAGAGGCGAACACUGCCGAUAUGGAGGAUGGAGCAGAGCGACAUGUCAUCAUGGAGUUUCCUCCCUUGGACAACCGAUCUUUUUAUUGUAUAAAUGCCUUUGAUCCCGAUAGUCAAGUUCCAGAAGCGGGAAGACCCGCGUAUCGCACCGGUGGUUCUUCGAGCUCGUCGUCAAAGAGGAGAGGAGUUAUGUGAGAGAGGAAAGUUUAAGUUGUACUGAUUGUAAUUUAAUAGUGUCAACAGCUCAUCCUCGCUUUUUUACGUUGUACCAAUAAGAGUUUGAGUUAGCACAUACUUACAUUCAUCAUUGGACAUAGUCGCCGUCUUUGACGGGUACUAGUUGUGUGCCAUCCUCCUCCUACGGUGGUAAUCAAUUGUGAUGGUCAAAUCAGAACUAAGUAGUCGUAGAUUUUUGAUCACAUCCUCCCAACGGGGGAUAGAUCACCUGCCAAGGCUGAGUGUUCCCUAUUCAAUAUGGCGCCGACCACAGGAGGAGACGCGGCUUCGUUUUCGAAGGGCGGUCAGUUCUCAGAGUGGCGAAGGGUAUCCGAAAUUCACGUGAAAGCACGCCUUUUUCCCAUUGACGACAAGGGCCACUACGGUCGCGUAUUUCAGGGAGGCUUGCAGAAUGCCUAUCUGAUUUUAAGGCUGCUCAGAGAAGGGAUUCUGACUCCAUUGAUUGAUUUCUUCUCUUUCAUGAUCAAACGGGAUUGCACCUUCCUAUUUAGAUAGGAAUAACACCCGAAAGCCACCUCUCAGGUCAGGUUCUACUUAGCAGCUACUUGUUAUACUAGCUCAACCUCUAAUACGUGGCGCUCUUCAGGCUCUCUCUCUUAGACCAAAGCUAUUGCAAGAUCUCUUCGCAUAUACAGACGUGGACAAAGCCGUUUAUUCCCUACUAUUGUACAAGAACGGGCAAUACUGCUGCGUUGAAGUCGACGACUUGAUCCCCUGUGACGCUCAAGGUCUUUUACUUUGAUGGUAGUUUUCUAGGUCCGUCUUCUCCUUCCUUUGUCACAUCAACGAAAUAAUGAACUUGUGGUCGGGCAAGAAGAUGCCUUUGAUGUAGUCGCUGUAUCAAUAGAAGUGAAAAUGGUCGUCUAGUUCACCCCCCCGCCCCCACAAUGAUCCCUUUCAGGUCUCCCAGUAACUUGUGUAUCGGAGGAGUAUCCGUAUAUUUUGUGGCCGACAAUAGCCGAAAAAGCAUACGCGAAACUUCAUACUAGUGCAAGGGGACUAGACUCGGUUGGCUGGGAAAUCAUUGGCGAAGGCGGCUCUGUCGAGGAAGCACUAGUGGAUCUCACUGGUAGUGAAGUCCAAGCAGCUUGAAAUCUGUGUCUACAAUGCUUAAUAUCUCGGUCUACCAUGAUUGGACCAAGCUUAAUAAUACCUGUGUCUACAAUGACAUUGACAGCAUCUGCAUCGAUAUCAACCAUCUUACUUUUUGAACUUCAAAUCAGUGGACCUGCACAAUUGAUAUGAACCUCCAAUCAGUAUAGAUGCGAACAAUAGAAGUAGAAAAGCUCCAUGAUUUUAUUGAUCUAUCGAAGAGGAUCUCCUGCAAGAUUUCUCUACAACAUGAUCAGGUGGAGUUGGAGGACGUUGGUAUUGCUGCGACGUUUCUCCGGAUAGACUAUUUGUGUAUUUGCAUGCGUUACAGAGAGAGUGCAUAUUCACUUGUAGCAUCAACCACCAAGCGUGUUCAACGCGUGGUGUCCGACUGACGCCUCAUUUUUCCUACACUAUCAACCGCGCGUGUGAAUUCGAGGUUAUGGCUCCUGGAGAACAUCCCGAUAGUUAGUGGGUAGUGAUGCAUAGAUACUUUUGUCUUUGAGGACAGCUUUGUCGUCCUUGAGAACUAUGCUGUACUCCCGCUGGAGAGAAUCGCUUUUUACUGCGUACUCACUACUUAACGCAGUAUAUCAUCUAAAAAAGGGCAAUGCUUUGUGCAGUUGCACUGUGGCGCCGCGUGGCUGGCGGACGGCGGAUUAAGCGACCACACGCCUUAUGGUCUCACGCAUGAUCCUAGAUUCCCAGAACUAGAAUCGGACGGCUUUUUUUGGAUAUCGAUUUUCGAUUUCGCAAGGUAUUGAUUGCUGGUAGAUGGCUUGUUGGGGUGCAUAGAUUUAGAUAGGUAGAUCUAGAUAGACAGUGACAGAUACAGGUAGAUCAGAAAGGAGUUAUUUGGUAUGUGCAUGUUUGUCACUGGUAAAUUAAGUAUAUCUUUUGUUUCUUAAUAAUUUUCAUCUUCUACAUUCAGCUACUUCGAAACCGUUCACGAAUGCCGGCUAGUCAACAGUGGGGAUCGCGGAGGAAUCGUGAAUAUGCCUCCACCGCGCUUGGCGUUUCAAGUGACCCCCUGUUACGUGCGGGAGCCAAUGUACGAAAAUGUUCAUGCCUGUGCAGAUCUAAUAUUAGGGCUUGAUGCAAUUCAUUUCCAACUACCGUCAUUUUCUUCUGUUUUCCUUUUGGAAUCCGGAAGAAAUGAGGUGAAGAAAUGAAUUGUUUUGGGCUUUAAUAAUAACCUCCGAUACGCGGCCUGAGUUCCUCAUCAGCUUCGCCGAACGGAACCGUCACAACGAAAUAUACUGCUCAUUGUCAUUAUGAAAGAUCGUCAAAGUCAAUCAUGGCUCCUUUUGUAUUUAAGGUGAAUUUAGUGAUUACUGUCUGUCGAGAGAUACUUCACAGUAGAGCUUACUAUUUCUAAGGAUAAGGUUUCUGCUGGAAAACCGUAGUCGUAGAGCAUGACUCCAGCACAAGUUUCCUAAGCACACUGAGGUAGGUUUAGGUACAAGAACGGCUUUUUGUUUCAUAUCGCCAGACAGACGAGCGGCUGAACCAGCUUGGUGCAGGGAGCAGAUUUCAGCACAUCCCGAUGUUGCUAAAAGUCUAUGAGCAGGUGGAGGUGGAAGGGGAGAAGUGUUACGCCUUAUGAGCAACAAAAUAAUUGAUAAUACAUUUGAGAACCUGAACCUAUGAUAAUAACCGGGUGAGGAAAAAGGUCGCUGAAGAUGAAAUGAAAAUUGGCUUCUGAACUCAACAAGAACAUCAAUACUCUUCUACAACUGCAUGACCAUACUAGAUGAAUGCUACUCGUACAACUUUCUCUGCUUUUGUUGUUGUCGUUCUUCAUCUUUCUUCGUCUACCAUUUUCAUCCUUCCCUGCCCUUGCUCUUCAUACUGCUUCGUUUCCAAAUCAGGGUGGAUGGAUAACGCUAGGGAUAGCGUUGUAUCCUUCAAGACUCCAGGAAGCGGGAUAUUUCUGGUCACCGUUGAGCUACCGCCAAAAAUUCCAGAAAAGAACAAGUUCUUACGGCAAACAGUUGAGUUUUCUAGGUCUUCCUUCUUGUCCUCAAGGGGUCACCUCCAUGCUGAGCACUCUGACGACUCUUGUAAACAACCUUACCAAAUCAUUUUUAUCACGACUAUCAAUCAUACUACUAGGGCUACUCGUUGGCAAAGUACUAUUUCUAUUUGCUUCAGAAGUAUAGAAAAAAUGAAACCUCUAAUGUUGUUGGCAGCAAUAAAAGAAGUCAGCGCAGGAGAAGGCUCGCCGCAAGAAGUUCAGAUGGGCGACGAGGUGGUCGUAAACCGGAUGAUCUUUCGGUACUUACCACGACUAGUGCAAUAUCACCGAAAUCGUGUUGUAUUCAUUUGGCUUUUCUAGAUCUUGCAAUCCCGACGACGCACGUUGUUGAAUUUUUACACUCCAAUUGAGAACAAGUAGAUCAGAUGCUUCACUGUUCUUUUUUUGCGUGCCUAAAAACCAGGGUUUAUUCUACGCGUCCUGUCUACGUUGCCGUGAACCGUGGCGCGCACUCGUCAUUUUCCGGCAAGCAGCAUACUUUUGUUGAACCUCGCGCAGAUUUUCCGAAGGCCAUUAGGUGGAGCUUCGUAGGCUCCAGAAAUCCACAGCAUCAUUACGACCAGCUGGUAGUUGUUCAUGGAAGAUUAGCUAUUUGCUCCCGCACAAUGUCGAAUAACUUCUACAAUUAUGAGGCAACUUAAUAAUAAGGAAAAGGAAAAGUGUUACAACUACAAGCCUCAUCAUAUAUUAAGCUACUAUAUAUAAGUAUCGAUAUCGUCGCUAGCAUGUAACAGUGUCGUUGGUCGAUACAACAUUCAUUCACCUUUCUUAAUAUCUUCUUACUUUCCUCUAACGGUUAUUACGACCCGAUAUAGCGGAGACCUGGGACGACACUGAGGGAUGCUCAGUGCCCUUCGCCAGUCGGGUGGAUAAGAUCCAGCUUGACCGCGUCGGCAUCGGCCUUGGUUCUGCAGCUGAUGAUGACACAGGCUGUGUCGCAAUGUGAAAGGAGGGGUUCGUUGAGCUUGAGAGAAGGCCAGGAGGCGGCGAUCGCAAGCAUUGCGUAAGUUGAGAUUGAAACCGAGACACCGUGUCACGUAGUACUAGUAGUACUAUGUAUAUUACUUCGAUGUUAUGUUUAUAAUAGGAUUGAAGCAAUCAUAGUUCGAUUUUUUGUUGCUCCAAAAUGAAUACUUCAUUUACUCAGACAAUCGUAAUUCCUCAAAGAAAACGAACACUGAUUCCUUUCCAUAACUACUGCUAGAAGUUGUUGUUGCGCGUAGACUGUAGUUGUACCGUCCAUGUAUGUAUACCUACUUCUAGUUUUUUCCGAUAUGAUUUUUCGAUCCUGUAGGUAGAUAGAUUCCCUGCAGACAAUCCUCGAAACGUCUUUGAAAGACGGGGAGCGCACAUAGCUAGGUUACACGUAAGAAGAUAAUUAUGGGCGAAGCCGUAGCCGGUGGGCAUGUUUUGAGAUUGAGCGUCGUGAUGGGAUAGAUUCAAGUGAGCACGUGUGUGACAGAUAAACUAGUUGUACAUCGUCCAAGAAGAUUUUGCAGACUAUAUACCAUGAGAUAGCUUGCUGGAAAGGACAGCUAUCGAGGAUGCUUGAGCUUGGUUGGGAUUAGAAUCAGUGCCUGUGUACGUGUAGGUGUUGUAGUCGUUGUGACACACGGUGUCGAGAUUCAAAACGUUGAGCAAGAAAGACUUCAAAU